AUGGCUCAACAAAAGGUUCUGCAAUUCAGAUAUCUGAACGCUUUGCUAACAGAAAACAGCAACAACAUACCUGGUCUCACUUAUAGGUUACUAGUGGAUUAUUUGAAGAUGUCUCACGACUCACCAUCGCACAUAAUCCCUAUACUGUUCAAAACGGCUAGAUACAAAAACCAGUUAAGAGGCUUUCACCCUUAUUACAUGAUGUUCGAGGCAAUAGAUACUUGUAUGAAGCACUCUCCACUCUCACUCGCUUGGUCUGUCAAACCAAAUGUCAUGACACUCUUGUCAUUGCCAGUGCUGGAAAUUCUUGAUUUUGACAAUGAGGAAGUAGCUAUGGGAUAUACAAGCAGAGACUCGAUCAGGGAGAGCAAAGUUCACGACUUCUUCCCCAUCGAUCAGGAAACAAGUACUCUGCAGCUAAAGUCAAGAAGUGAAUGCAAGCGAUCAAACAUCAGGAACCAGAUAGAAAGAGGUCUUCUUUGUGGGAACAUCAAAUUGAAAUCCUUUGCGGAUACAAGAAACAUGGAGGCUCAUCUAGAUCUACAGCCUUUCGUUGCUAUGCUUAAUUACCAAGAUCGCCCCAAUGCUUCGAAUGACGAACAAAGACUUGAGAUCAAUUAUGCUGGACAUAGACAACCUUGA